AUGCCUCACAAGCACAAGAGAAGAAAAAAUGACUCGAGCAUCUACGACCUCCCACCCACUCUGAUCGCCAAACCUCUCCCGACCCACGAUCCCAACGCCCCGAAAUCCAAAGGCAAAAAGCCCCCCCUCAAGUCCAAAGCCCCGAAAAAGAAAGAAAACCUCUCGGCCUUUGCCCGCAGCAAAUCCGACUUGGACGAUGAUACCCCGCGCGCCUUCCGCCGGCUGAUGCAGCUCCAAGCCAACGGCGGCAAGUCAGCACCAUCCAAACCCGACGCCGGCGAGACAGGAAGCAAGAAGCGCAAGCGCGAUGCAAGUGAGGACACAAAGAAGUCGGCGCGGAAGAAGUCAGCUGCGUCGUCGACUCCGAUUGAGGCUGCGAAUGACGCGACAUCUACAACCGCUGCUGCGGAACCUAAGCCCACCAAUCUGAAGAUUCUGCCGGGGGAGAAAUUGUCAGACUUUGCGGCGCGGGUUGAUCGCGAGAUGCCCAUAUCGGGAAUGAAGAGAUCGGGCAAGCCGACGUCGGCGGAUCUGCCUAAGCUGCGCGAGGGACGGCAGACGAAGCACGAGAAGCACCUUCGUCGACUACAGGAGCAGUGGCGGAAGGAGGAAGCGGAGAUCAAGGAGCGUGAGGCGGCCGAGCGGGAGGAGCGGGAGGCCGAGUUGGAGGAACAAUUGGAGUUGUGGAAGGAGUGGGAGAUGGAGGCUGCGCAGGCCAAGGCGAAGAAGAAGGGCGCUGCCGCGAAGAGAAAGAAGAAGGGCGAUGGCGCCCUGGAGGAUGAUGGUCCGGAUCCGUGGGCGAAGCUGAAGAAACGGGAUCGGAUGAACAAGCCGGCGAACCCCUUUGAUGUGGUUCAGGCGCCGCCGCAAUUAACGAAGCCGAAGGAGGUUUUCAAGGUCCGCGGAGGCGCCCGAGUCGAUGUCGCGAACGUUCCCGCUGCCGUGGGAAGUUUGAGACGGAGAGAGGAGCUGGCAAGCGAGCGGAGGACUAUCGUGGAGGAGUACCGGCGGUUGAUGGCUGAAAAGCGACGUUGA